UUUGUAAAGAAAUGUCGGAAAAAUAAAGAAAAUGCUUGAAAGAUUAAACUCAUUCCGUGGAAUAAAUAUUGAUGCUUUCCAAGUAUAAACAAACAAAUAUAUGGUUUGAUUAUUGGAAAAUUAACUUGUGAGUAAUAAAAACACAAAAUUUGGCGGGGCUUAAAGCCUGUAAUCAGCCGUAUCGUUGUUUUCCAAAAGAUGAUGAUGUCAAGGCCUCUAAACCGCGAUCACACUUCCCUUGUAAACCAAGUACUGGCUGCUAUAAUCCAAAACCGACCCUUUGAUGCCCGGCUCGCUGCCUCAGCCACCGCCAACCCAGGCAACGCUCAACCAUGGACAGUGGAAUCGGUUUCCGAAGUGUUAAGGUCCAUACCAAGGUUCUUCUUCCAAUCCCCUCGCUCCGUUGGCCGCCAAAGCGGCUUCCGACACCGCUCACCUUUGAAACAACGAAGCCUCAAAGAAGAAUCCAAUAAGCUCCGACGAAAUGUUCUUGUUCUUGGCCCUGCUGCUCAUAAAGACCCCCAGAAGGUGCAGUUCGGAUUGGACAAAGCAAUGGAGUUCUACUACUGGGUUGAGGCCCAUUUUGGGUUUUCCCACAAUGAGAAGACUUGCAAAGAGAUGGCCUGUGUGCUGGCCAAAGGGAAUAGUUUGAGAGCUCUUUGGGAUUUUUUGAAAGAGAUGUCUAGGAGAGAGGGUGGUGAGCUCGUGACCACUGCGACCGUUACCUGUUUGAUAAAAGUUCUAGGAGAGGAGGGGUUCGUCAAUGAGGCAUUGGCUGCAUUUUAUAGGAUGAAGAAGUUUCAUUGUAAACAGGAUGUGUGCGCUUUUAAUACGAUAAUUUAUGCCCUUUGUAGAGUUGGGAAUUUCAAGAAGGCGCGGUCUUUGCUGGAGCAGAUGGAAUUGCCGGGUUUUAGAUGCCCACCAGAUACGUAUACGUACACAAUCCUUAUUGGUUCGUAUUGUAAGUACAGCUUGCAAACUGGGUGUAGGAAGGCUAUUAGGAGGAGGAUGUGGGAGGCAAACCAUUUGUUUCGGAUAAUGCUAUUUAAGGGCUUUGUUCCUGAUGUUGUGACUUACAAUUCUUUGAUUAAUGGUUGUUGCAAAACCAACCGGAUCGAGAGGGCUUUGGAGUUGUUCCAAGAUAUGAACAAAAGGGGUUGUGUGCCCAACCAGGUUACUUAUGGUUCUUUUAUUAGAUACUAUAGUGCAGUCAAUGAGAUUGAUAAGGCUGUUGAGAUGUUGAGGAAGAUGCAAGAAAUGAAUCAUGGAAUACCCACUUCAAGUUCUUAUACCCCAAUUAUACAUGCUCUGUGUGAAGCAGGAAGGUUUCGGGAGGCCCGGGAUUUUCUCGUUGAGCUGGUUGAUGGAGGCUCAGUACCAAGAGAAUAUACUUACAAACUAGUCUGUGAAGCAUUGAACUCUGGGGGAGAGGCUAACUUGCUUGAUGAUGAACUGCAUAAGAGAAUAAAGGAUGGUAUAGUGAAGAGAUAUAGGCAAGUAAUGAAGGUAAAACCGAUUAUGACCCGAAAUGGAUAUUUUAGCGCUGUUGAAGUUUGAUAUAGAGGAGAAAAUUGUCAUGGUCAACUAUACAAAGAUUUUUGGUAUAAGUAGAAGAAUUGCAGGGGGGCGCAUUUUGGCAUUCUGCUGGUGAGAAUUACUCAACUGUUGGUACAUUAUUUUUUUCUUCUAAUCUUUGCUUGGUCUGGAUUAUAACUUACUUUCUGUGAAAUUUAAUGUACCUAUUUCAAUUUUGAUCACGCAUGCUGUUUUUAGUUUUCACUGAUGCUCUCAGUUCCCUGUGUUCCUGAAUUCGUGAUUGCUUUAUCUGAUGGUGACUCUGUACAUUCCAUAAUACUGUCAAAUAAAUAAAUUCUCAUUAGUUGGGAAUGAAAAUGAAAGAUAGCCCUGUCAUCACUUCCACGUAAUCUAAGAUGAUAUUUGUUACAGUUGGUUUACAAAAAUGGUAAGAGUAGCUUCAUUUGGAUGCACAGUUAUGCUCAAUGUUAGAUGGUAAUACACCGGCUUCAUUCUAAAGCGGUAGCACUUGGUUUAUCUGAUGCUGGUGUAUGGAAUGACGAGAAUCUGCAUUGAUAGUUAUUAAAUCCAUGAUAGUUGUAAGAGAUCAAAACAAUCUUUGCAGUAUAGGGGGGAGUACGGGAUUUUAAGUAUGCAAGAUAUAUACAAAAAUAUAUCAAGCUGUCAUUAAAGCUUAAACAAAAAUGCCUUCGAUCUAUGAGCAUGUAUGUACAUCACUGACCAGAAACUUUCAUAUAACUAUUUUUCCCCCUGCUCAAGUUUUCGACUUUGACCUUGGUUAGGGAGCUUUGAAUGCCAUUAGCAAUUUUUUUAACAUUAUCUCUUCUGAUAUACUUCAAAGAGUAUCUCUGUUUCUAUCUGGCGCAAGUACUUAGUUAGUUAUCAUGCCUGUAAUUCUCUUUGAUGAAUAAAGAGGGGGGGACUUGAAGUUCGUUAAGGUACCAGAUUCGGCUUAUUGGAACAUGCAGUUUAGAUUUAUUUGCAAGUUGUAGAGAAUAAGCUGAUAUGGCCUUUUAUGUCAUAUUUAUGUUAUAUCAUGUCCUGUCCUAGUGAGUUCUGCCUAAGGGAGACAUGGUAGCCUGUAGCGCACUCCCGAAGAAUGCUGCCAAGGAGUGGUUGCAAUGAACUUUUGUCUCUAGAGCUUGGUGGAUAUCUUUCAUUCGUGAGAUACAUUUGUAAACUACCCAAUCUUUCCACUGUUAUUUAUGGCAUAGACUCCACUCUACAUGUUUUUCUUAGUUCUGUUUAUGGGUCUCUCUCAUUACUGGAUAAUAGGCUCUUGGAACUUUAUUUGAAGUUAUGUUUUGGCAGAUUAUACGGGACAAAGGUCGAGUUUAUAUGAGCAUCAUGCCUUAUUUGGAUAUGCUUUUCAACUGUCUGGGCGAAAACCAUCCAUUUGAACGAAGUAGAUGACCAGAACUUUUGAAAUGGUGCCCGACACCUAAAGAGUUUCAAUUUAGUGAGCAUUAAUGCACAUUUGAAUCCUAUGACUGGUUAUGUGCAUUUAUUGCUGCUUCGAGACAGAUAUGAACAUCCUUGAAAUGUGGAUUGAUUCCCAGCAAGGUUUAGUGGGAAACUACUCAAGUAUGUUUUUAUACAAUCAUUCUCUCUUUUUUUAUUAAAAAAAAAAAUCCUAU